AUGGGUAAAAAGAUGAAGAAGAAAGCAGAACCUCCUCCUAAGGAUGUGUGGUUUGGAAGGCAGUGUGAUAGUUCAGUGAUCACGGAGCAGGCGCUGGAGUCUGCCUGGUGUGGGACUUGGUUAAGAGAAUUAGAUGCCAUGAAUUCUGUUAUUGCUCAGCUUGCUCAAGAAGAAGAAGUAGUUAUCCAUGAGUUUGCUAGUCUUUGCCUAGCGAACAUGUCUGCAGAGUCCACCAGCAAAGUGCAAAUACUUGAACAUGGUGGGUUAAAGCCUCUGAUCAGACUGCUGAGCAGCCUAGAACCCGAUGUGAAAAAGAAUUCUGUUGAGUGCGUUUAUCACUUGGUCCAGGAUUUUCAGUGUUGAGCUAUGGUUCAAGAACUGAAUGAAAUCCCCUCUAUACUAGAGCUCUUGAAGUCAGAAUAUCCAGUGAUUCAGUUGUUGGCUCUCAAAACCUUAGAUGUUAUUACAAAUGACAAGGGUUCACAAGCAAUGGUAAGAGACAGUCAAGGAAUGGACCACCUUAUUAAGAUCCUGGAAACUAAGGAAUUGAAUGACCUUCAUAUAGAAGCACUUUCAGUGAUAGCCAGUUGUCUUGUAGCGGAUACUAUGAUGCUGAUUCAACAGACAGUUCUUAAGGAGCUCUUAGCAUUUGCAGAAAACUCUACAGUUUCUGAUAUUCAGAAGAAUGCACCAAAAGCAGUUACUGAAGCAGCUUAUGAUCCUGAAAACAGAAAACUUUUUCAUGAACAAAAGGUUGAAAAAUGCCUUGUAGCCCUUUUAGGCUCUGAAAGUGAUGGGACUAAGAUUGCUGCUUCCCAAGCUGUCUCAGCAAUGUGUGAGAAUUCAGGCAGCAAAGACUUUUCAACUAUCAGGUUAGUUCAGUUGCUAGAAAGUGACAAUGAAGAGGUUAAGGAGGCCGUGGGCCUGGCCCUGGCUAAUUUGACCACUUGCAAUCCUGCUAAUGCGAAUGCUGCUGCCGAAGCUGAUGGUAUCAGUGCAGUAAUAAACCUCCUGUCCAGUAAACGAGAUGGAGCCAUUGCCAACGCUGCCACUGUGCUGACGAACUUGGCAAUGCAGGUGGCCCUGCGGGAGAUCAGUCAGAGUCACUAUGGCCCGCUGAGGUCUGCGAACAUGGUCGUGCAGAGCAAAGCUGCUCACCCUCUCACCAUUGCGGCAACUGCCUGUGAUGUCGAGGCCCGGACAGAGUUAGGAAAUUCAGGGGCAUUGGAGCCCUUCAUAGAGCUCCUGUGCUCUAGGAAUGCCAAGGUCAUGGUAGCCAGCUGGGACAUAAUGGUCUGUACCAGUGAUGAGCUGAUGGCCACUGAACUAUGCAGAUUCAAUUUGUAUGGCAGAGGAAAUAAAGAGGAGGAAAAGCUGAAGGAGGAGGAAGAGGUUACAGCAGCACAAAAAUGGGCUGGAGAAGGAGGCCCCUGUAAAGAAUGGUACCCUCCCUCUGAUCACUUCUGUGCUUACGUGUGUGAAGUGACCAAACCAAUACUUCCCAUAACAAACACAAAGGAACAGGUUGAAGCUCUUGCAAAGUAAGUUAGUGAGAAAAUGGGCAGUAAAAUUCCAAAAGAGAAACUACAAAAUUUCAGCUGGCAACUUCAUAUAAGUAAAAUAAAAUUUCAACUUAAAUUCAAUGUUGUGCCAAUUGGACAAAUCAAAGAAGGAAUCUUCUACCAUUGAGCUUUGCUUUUCAAGGCUCUGGCUGAUAAAAGUGACAUAGGCUGCUCUUUGGUUCUAGGGGUGCACAGAGCAUGGAACGAAGGGCUGAUGGAUGGAUCUCAGAAGGAAGUGAUUGGGGGUCUCCCUCCUGAAAUAUACAUUGUUGACCUCAUGUUCCAUCCAGGUGGACUAAUGAAACUAAAAUGUAAAGAAGCAGAUUUUUACAAAUUUCUCAAAAACUAUCAAAACAAAAGGGCUCAAACAAGAAAUUUAUUCUAUACAUUUUCCAUGAAGUUCACCUAUAACUUUUAUUUAUUUAAAUAA